AUGUGUCAAAACAACGUAGAUUUGAAGAAUUUCUUGAAAACAAUUGAUAAUAAUUUUUAUAAAGAAGCAAUAUUGCCUCGUGAUGCUUUAUUUGGUGGGCGAACUGAAAAUUUUUGUGUUUCACAUACUGUUACUGGUUCUGAAAAGAUAUACUACGUGGACGUCACAUCACUUUAUCCUUCGGUAUUGAAGAAAAAUAUUUACCCGCUAGGCCACCCUAAAGUUUUUGUUCUGGAUGAUAUACGUGAGCUUUGUCCAGAUAAUAACAUAAGUAAUGUGAUAGGAUUAAUUAAAUGUCGAGUUUUGCCACCGCCCGAUUUAUAUAUACCAGUAUUGCCAAUGAGAUGUCAUAAAAAAUUAUUUUUUCCACUUUGUAACGCAUGUACAUUAACUUUAAAUCAAGAAAAUUGUACUCAUAAUGAAUCAGAACGAGCACUUAUUGGUACUUGGGUAUCUGAAGAGUUGAAAGUAGCGGUUGAGAAAGGAACUGGUGGUCUAUUUACAGGUUGUAUAAAUAAAUUUUUAAAAAUAAAACAAGAAGCUAGUGGUUGGCCUGUAGAGUGCGUUGAUGACGCAUCAAAACAAGCAUACAUAGAUAAUUAUAGUAAAGUAGAGGGAAUUGAUUUAGAUCCUACGAAAAUUGAAAAAAAUCCUGGUUUACGUCAAGUUAGUAAAAAUAACUUGAAUUCGCUUUGGGGUAGGCUAGCAAUGGAUAAUAUUUCGGAUAUGUACAGUAUUAUUCAAAAUAUUCAAGAUUUUAAUAAAAUUAUUGAAAUUGCCAAUAUUAAAGUUUCUUGCAUAACUAUUAUCGAUGAUGAUACACUAUUUGUCAAUUGGAAAUAUUUUGAAAGUUGUGAUAGAACUGAUAGCUCAACUAAUCCAGUUCUAGGCGCAUUCACGACUGCGCAUGCGCGCUUAGAAUUAUACAAAUAUCUUGAUAAAGUUCAGUCACGAGUAUUGUAUGUUGAUACUGACUCUAUAGUUUUUAUUUCUGAGAAUGAAAAUGAUAAACUGCCAUUAGGUAAUUAUUUAGGUGAUCUCACUGAUGAGCUUGAUGGUGGUUACAUAAAAACUUUUAUUUCUGGGGGCCCUAAAUUUUAUAGUUAUAUUGCUGAAAAACCUGAUGUCAAUUAUGAUAGUAUUAAGACUUUAACUGAUGGUGAAAACGACAAAAUUAUUGUAACUUGUGACUCAAUACGUAGAACUAAAGAACAUGAUGUACAUACAAUAUCAGAAUCGAAAACUGUACGUGUUACCGGACCGAAACGGAAAUUUACGGCUAACAUGAAUAAUACAUUACCGUAUGGUUAUAAUACUAUGUAUAAUAGCGGACCAUCAGAGGCUGGUAAAAGUGUUUGGACUAAACGUUUCUUAAAAGAAUUAUCGGGAUUAUGUGAUACUGAAUUUGACCGUAUUAUUCUAUAUUACGCCGAAUGGCAACCUGUGUAUACUGAAGAUAAAAAUGUUGAAUUUCAAGAAGGGUUACCAGACAUGAAAGAUUUUAAUGAUAUUAAAAAAAAAAAUUAA